UUAAUUCACUUAGAAGUUUUUUUUAUAAGAUGAUAGAGGUUGCUCUUGACAGAACAACUUAGCUUAUUUUGGUAAUGAAAUUAUAGAGGAAGACAAUUGAUAAAGAGAAAAGCAUGGAUUUUUCUCCUUUUUUUCCUACUCAAACAUCAAGUCUAGAACCAGUAAAAACUGUGGGUACAAAGCAAUAUGAAGAUGAAAGGGGUGUUGAAGUAAAUUCAGGUGCUGCUAUUUCUCCUCGUGCUUCUGGAUGGUAUGCACAGGUUAAAGAACAUAUGAAGUUAAUGAAGACAAGUGAACAUGAAAAGGAAUUCAAGUUUGCUUCAGCUUCUCCUUCUCCUCCUCCUCUUUCAUUUCCUCGUACCUCCAGAUGGUAUGCACAGCCUACAGAGCAUAUGAUCAUGAUGAAAACAAGUGAAGAUGAAAGGAGAUUGGAAGCUACUUCCUCUUUUUCUUCUCCCUCUUCUUCUUUCCAUUAUGAUUCAAUAGCUACAGUUUGUGUGGGCAAAGAUGAGAACAGCAAAAAUGCACUCAUAUGGGCACUUGAUCAUCUGGUUUGUGAGGGCGAUACCAUCCAAAUUCUACAUGUUCGGGACCCAAUAAUAGCUAAUAGUUGGGGGCAAGACACUGCAGUUUUUUCAGAUAAAUAUAGAAAACAAAGAGAUUCCAAAACAGCGGAGAUAUUACAGCCUUAUCAAUACAUGUGUGACAGUAACAAGGUGCGCGCAGAAAUUUUAGUUUUGGACGAAUCCAGUGUAGCCAUUGCAAUUGUGAAGUACAUUUCAAAAGCAAACAUACGGAAGAUUGUUUUGGGGGCAACUUCCAGAAAUCGAAUUUCAAGGAUAAUCAAGCCUCCAGAUAUAUCAACAAGAGUUGCAACGCUUGCCCCAAAGUUCUGUCAAGUAUAUGUUAUAUCCAAACAUCAACAUAUCUCCUUCCAAUCAAGUGUUUAUAUAGAUCCAAAAAGCAAUAUCUAUGACAGUCAAAGUAACAGUUCUUUUAGCAAGGUUUCAGAUUCCAGCUACUCUGGCUCCCUGCAAGAUGAAAACAGACCAAGAGGAUCGGUAGAGGUAGAAGCCUGGCAGGGUAAUAUAUUUCUUACAGAAUCACCUUGUCAACCAUACCAGGGAUUAUCAUUUGGAAAUCCAACAAUGAGUUCAAUAGCAAUGGAGAAAGGAUGUUCAGAAUUACAACCUUAUAAAGAAAACAGGGUGAAGUCUUCAUGUGUGAAAGACCAAGUAUCAAUUGCCUCCAUUGAAACUGAACCAUCCAGAUCCGGAUCUUUCAAAGAGCCACCUCAAUUCAUUGGCACACCAAAUGCAGGACAAACAAAAGUUAAUGAUCUCAAGAGAAGAUUGGGAAAUAUUUUAAAGCUUCCUAAAAGUACAGAAGUCUCAAAUCCAAAUAAUCAAAGUUUCAUUAGGGCUGAUAAUCAAAGCCUGCAGGAUUAUUUGUUACGCCCAGAAUCAUAUCAUGGUAUCAGUGAUCCUGAAACACAGUAUUCUGAGAUAGAUAAGGAAGAGAUCACAUUCCCACUAAAAAGAAAAAGUUUCAGCAAUAUCAAUGAGACAAGAUUAAGAGAGUUCAGAUCUUUAAUCUCAGAAGUUAAUGAGGGUGUCCAUAAGGAUAAUCAGUCUCUUGGUAAAUACAAUUUAGAAGCAAGACAAUAUAACAGAGACAGCACAGGAUUACAGGCUUCUCCUCCAAGGCAUUCGGAUUUUUCAUUCUCUGCAGGAAGAUCAGCCAAAGAAAAUGAGGAUUUAUUUGAGAUCUCUUCACCGGAUAUAAAAUCUGGUAUGCUUUGGAAGACAUCGAAAGGAGAAACCUUAAGUGCUACUUCUAAAACUGUUCAAAGCUUGGAGGAUCCUCCAGAUAUUUCAAAGUUUCAUUCCAGUACAAAAUCCUUAAAUUUUGAUAACGAAAGUUUUCAGUUGAAUAACAAUCUAAGCUUGCAGGAUCGUUUCUCCAGCCCAGAUUUGUCUCAUGAUAACCAGAAUUCUAAUGAACUGAAUUCGAAUUUGGCAGAGAGCGAACCCUCAGAAGAAACCCAAUUUUUUAGGCAUACCAGAAAGACCAAAACAGCAGAACCCAGUUCUUUACUCUUGCAAGUUACUGAAGGUUUCAAUAAGAAUUUCCAGUUUUUUGGUUCACCAAAAACAAAAGGCAAACAAAAUUACAAAAAGGACGUGGAAACUGGGCCUCGUCCUGCGGAGCAUUUGAGAAUUUCAUCCAGUGCAGAAAUAUCGAGUGAUGAAAGUGAGGGUUUUUUUGAGAUACUCCUUUCAGAUUUUGAAGCUGCUACGCCUCGGAUCAUUUCCACCGACGAAAAGUUAGGCAUUGCUUCUAAAUCUUCUGAUAGCGACACGCUGAACAUUGAGAUGAGAGAAAUAGAGUUGGACGAACCAUCUUCAUUGCAGAAGGUCCAUUUGGAUCCAUCUUCAACAGGGUUCAUUGAAGAUAUUGACAGUGAAGUAGAAAAGUUGAAGAUCCAAAUCCAGCGUAUUUUGCAAAUGUAUAAUGAAGAAGUCAAGAGAAAAUGGAAGCAGUUAUAAUUUAAUACAAGAGGUAUGAAAUGUCUUGUUACAGGUUCUAGGGAAUUGAAAUGUCUUGUUACAGGUUCUAGGGAAUUGAUUCUUCUAGCA